GUCUUGGCUGUGAUGGCUCCGUGUUGUUGGGUGACGGGAUACCCGUGCUUCUCUGCUCCUCAUGUAUACAUGGUAAAUGCCUCGCCGAAAGUCGUAGCAUGUGGUCGGACGUGGUGGCGUCACAAAGCACAUCGUCGGGAUCUGAAACCCACCGGUUUCCAGACGCGGCGGCUGCCUAUGUCGUGUCGCACCACAGCGGGCAGACAGACAGGUUGGACCGUAGGACAGACGGGGGCUGAACAAGCUGAACGGGGGUGCAUUAUUGGACAAGCGGGUAGUUGACACACCCUCAUCAUUGCCGUCAACGUGCUAUCUAGCAAGGUCAGCCAUCGACACCAAGUCGCCGUCUGGUGUCUGGUCUGCCUGACCGGGUUUCAGUACAUAGCUCGGGCUGGGAAACGAACAGGGUGCAGGCAGGGCUUCUUCCGGAGUCUCGACGCCGCCGGAGCGUGCCACCCAACUCAUUGCCCACCGCCGCCCCUCCCCGGCCCGGAACGCGCCAUCGAAUCGCGGGGUAGUCAGUCAGUUGGUCAGUCUGCCGUGGGGUCGUCGUCGUCGUCGUGUAAGUGGAGGUUUGCAGCCGCCGUGAUGUAAUAAGUCAGUAGCAGAGGGUGCCGCCAACUAUCGUUGACCGGCCACGUUACUGAGCUUGCGGGAGACCCCGCUCGGCAAUUCACAUAUGUGUCGAGCCGAUGAGGGUCAUUUUAUAUUGCCAUCAUCAUACCCGUCGCCGACCCGUCGGCUUCUUGACUUUCUGCAGUACUACAACGCUCAAACGUAUACCUAUUUGAACCGAUUCAGUCUAGCCGUCGUGAGCCUCCGGCAGAGAGUACUCCGGCAAAGAAAAAACUAAAACGAAAUCAGACCAGCGAAAGAAAGAAGAAAAAUACACCAUGGCGUCCACGGAACUGCCGUUCCAGCUGAGCGACGAGAGCCUGGGGCAGCUCGACUGCCUGGUCGACGGCAAGUCGGUUGCCGCCCGCUCGGGGAAGCGUUUCGACGUCAUCGACCCGGGCUCCGGCAAGGUCUGGGCCGCGUGCCCGGACUGCAGCGAUGAAGACGUCGACGCCGCCGUGCAGUCCUGCCACAAGGCGUUCCUCGAGUACGCCAAGUGGACGCCGCGACGGCGGUCCCAGACCCUGUCCAAGUGGCACCAUCUCAUCGCCGAGGCCAAGGAGGACCUCGCACGGAUCCUCGUCCACGAGACGGGCAAGCCCCUCGCCGAGGCGUACGGCGAGAUCGACUACGCCCUGACCUUUUCGUGGUGGUUCGUCGGCGAGGCGGAGCGCGCCCACGGCAACUCCAUCGUCUCCGCCGUGCCCGGCCGGCGCGCCAUCACCAUCAAGCAGCCCGUGGGCGUCGCCGCGGCGCUUGUCCCGUGGAACUUCCCCGUCGCGCUCUCCCUGCGCAAGAUGGCCGCCGCGCUCGCCGCCGGCUGCGCCAUGGUCGUCAAGCCGUCCCCCGAGUCGCCCGUCACGGUCCUGGCGCUCGCGCGGCUGGCCCUCCGCGCGGGCUUCCCCCCGGGCGCGCUCAACGUGCUGACCACGAGCCUGGACGGGACGCCGGCCGUGGCCGAGGCGCUCUGCCUGCACCCCCUCGUCCGAAAGGUCACCUUCACGGGCAGCACGCGGGUGGGCAAGAUCAUCAGCGGGCUCUGCGCCCGGAACCUCAAGAAGUCGACGCUCGAGCUCGGCGGCAACUGCCCCUUCAUCGUCUUCGACGACGCCAACCUCGAGCAGGCCAUGGGCCAGCUCAUGGCCCUCAAGUGGCGGCACGCCGGGCAGGCCUGCAUCUCGUCCAACAGGCUGUACGUGCAGCGCGGCGUGCACGACCGCCUCGUCGAGGAGCUCGUGGCGCGGACGUCGAAGCUCAAGGUCGGCCACGGCAUGGCCGAGGGCACGACCAUGGGGCCCGUCACGACGCCGCGGUCGCUCGACAAGGCCGAGGACAUGGCCAAGGACGCGCUGGCAAAGGGCGCCAAGAUGGUGCUGGGGAACGGCAUGCGCAUGGACAACAACAAUAACAACACCGGCGGCAGCGGCGGCGGCGGAUACUUCAUGGAGCCGACCGUCAUGACGGGCGUGACCGACGACAUGCUCAUGAGCGGAGACGAGAUCUUUGCGCCGUUACUUGGCGUGUCCGUCUUCGACAGCGAGGACGAGGUCGUGGCGCGAGCCAACAACACGAGCAUGGGGCUCGCGAGCUACGUCUUCACAAAGGACGUCGACAGGAUGUGGAGGAUGUUUGAGAAGCUCGAAGCCGGCAUGAUUGGACUGAACACGGGAAACAGCUCGUCAGCGGAAGCGCCGUUUGGCGGCAUCAAGGAGAGUGGAGCGGGCAAGGAGAGCGGCAAGGACGUGGCCAUUGAAGAAUUCCUGGUGACCAAGAGCGGCACGUUGACGGUCGAGGGACACUGGUGAAUGGUGAUGAUCAGGAGGAGAGAAGAGAGGAAAAAGAAAGAAAGCCCCCUCCUACUACUAGGUUGUGCGUACGAAGUACUGCGUAGCAGGGGAAACAAAGAGAAGAAGAAGAA